AGCACUAUGUGGAAAAAACUUAAAGAUUUCUACAACAAAACCCAUACUGACUUCUCUAAAGGCUACGUUGAUCCUUACGAGUUUCAUAAGACAUUCUACCAAAUACUAGUUAAUUUUAAAGUUGCUGAUUUAAGUAACGAAAAUCCUCCAUCUUACUUCAAUCAAAAUACAAUUAUCUUCAUGACAGGAUUUAUUGCUAAAGUGUUAUGCGUCAUCUCAUUUUAUCACGGUCUAAUGACCUUUAACUUAAGGCUCGCUACUGAAGCUGGUACUUAUACUAUUGUAAUGGCAUACGCGCUACUUAUAUCUUCUUGUACAAGAAAGAAUGUGCCCCAAUACCAUAACUUUUUGCGAGCCAUGAAAGAUGAUUUUCACUUUAUUUGUACUUCGGGGGAGAAAUACCGGACUCAAUACUUUCGCAACCAAUUGCUGACUUGGAAGAUCUGCAUAUUUGCUUGUAUAUUCACAGCAAGUAUUGCCGUGGGAAUGGUCUCCUUUGCUUUCUUGUCACUACUCUAUUUUCUAGCGACUUAUAAGGAAGAAAUUGGAGGCAGUAGACCGUUGCUGUUUCCAUUUUGGUUGCCAAACGUGGACUUUGGCGAAACACCAGUUUAUGAGAUUGCUUUUAUGUUUUCUAAUAUCUGUGCUCUACUUUACGCUUAUAAUUACAUAUUUAUGAUACAAACUCAAAUAGUUUGGAUCAGACAGAUAACUUCAAAAGUGGACAUUGUUAUUUGGAGUAUUGAAGAUCUCCUAAUGGACAUACAUCCAGCGACCUCAGAGGAAGAGAGUGUUUAUUACUCGUACUUGAUAAAGGCCCGAAUGAGGGACAUUCUUCGGCACCAUCAAUCUAUGUACAGUUUAAUGGAGGAUUACGCGAUAGUGUACAAAAAAAUGUUAAUGUUCGAACAAAAGUGUUGCGGUUCUGUGGUCUGUUUGACGGCUUACUGCAUCGCUGAGGCAUUCGACGAAGGUGAAUUCCAAGCAAUUCUCCUGUUACUAUGUAUUGGGACCACUGUUUUACAUUUUGUACCCUGUUACUUUUGCACGUUUCUUGCUGUUAAGGUUAGUUCAGUGUGCGAUGCUUGUUGGAACAUUCCAUUCUGGAACGCGGGUCCCGUGAUACGUCCUUACAUGGUACUAAUAAUGCAACGCUCGCUACGACACUUGCCGCUUCAAGCUGCCGGCUUUGAGGACAUUUCCAUUGAAACAUUUUCCAAAAAAAUGACUAACGCAUAUUCUUUGUUUAAUAUGCUAAGACAAGCUAACAUUUAAAAAAUGAAGAAAAUAAUUAAUCACUGGGUUUGCACUGUUUU